GGAUUUACCAACAACUUAUUAUAGUCGUUUUGAAGUAUCAUUAUUACAAGAAUUAAUUCCAUCUUUGAUACAUGCUGUUGACUACGAAAACAUUGUAAUCGGUUGCACCGAUGGGACGAUUUUGUAUCUACAACAUCAACCGAUUCCACAUUCUUUUGGUGUUCCAGAAAAGAUUAACGAGGAUAAUUUUACUCAAGUUGUUCUUGGAAAAAAUCUAUUUGGGAAAAUGAUGAAAUUAGUAUUUCCUCGUCAAGAAAUCCCAAUAAUUGACACCGAUGAAGAUGGUUCUCAAGAGCAACCAAUUGCGUUUGCUUCAUAUGUACACGGAA